UUUAAAACGCAUCGUUUUCACCUGCGCUCUGUUCGUUUCGUCCUCCUCCUCCUCCUCUCUCUCCUGCGGAGUUGUGGAGUAGAAAAUCCACGAACGAAUCCUCACACUCAGAGCUCCCUCCAAGAAUCUAAACAGUUCCUCGUCCUGGCGCGUGCCCCGCACUCGCCAAGCCCCUCUCUGAUUUUAGUUUUUCUGAAGCCUCUCGAUCCCCAUUCACUGCCAAUCCUUCAAUCCCCGAAUACAUACACACUACGCCGCCGAAACGCAAACGAAAGUCGCCGUUUCGCCACUGAAACCAACUCCAUUGAAGUUUUUGGUGCCGCAGAGAAUGCACUAUGAGUUCUUGAAGGUCAGGGUUUCGAAAGCGUAGGACAAAGUUUCGUGUUUUCUGGGACUGCCCGUUUGGUUAAAUUCUAUGGAACAUGCAAAAGGUUUUACAGGAGAUAUGGCUCUUAGGAAGUAUGUCUCUUCUGGUGAUGCACAAAAGGAUAUGAAACCUUUGAGAUUUUCCAGUAGGGAGCAUGAGAAUGCUCAACUUGUAGAUCCAGAAACAAGUCGUACUAUGGAGCGUGGUGUGGAUGUUGACCUCAGAGAAGUUUAUUUUCUUAUUAUGCAUUUUCUCUCAGCUGGGCCAUGUCAUAGAACUUAUGGACAAUUAUGGAAUGAACUUCUUGAACAUCAACUUUUACCUAGAAGAUAUCAUGCUUGGUAUGCAAGGAAUGGGACACCUAGUGGGGAUGAAAAUGAUGAUGGCAUGUCAUUUCCAUUAAGUUACACUAUGUUGGUGGAGAGGUAUCCUCACAUUGAAAAGGAUCACUUGGUAAAGCUUUUGAAGCAGUUGUUACUAAGUGCAGCUCCUCCAUCACUCAACAUCAGUGGUGGAAAUGCUCCAAAUGCAGCCAAUGUACCUACUCUUCUCGGAAGGGGUUCAUUUUCACUUUUAAGCUAUGAUAGGGACAAAGGAAGCAGUGAAGUCCUGCACCCCCCUGCGUACAUUCGUUGGCCUCAUAUGAAAGCUGAUCAGGUUCGUGGUCUAAGUUUGAGGGAAAUUGGGGGUGGUUUCACAAGACACUGUCGUGCACCAUCUAUUCGUGCGGCAAGUUAUGCCAUUGCAAAACCAUCUACCAUGGUACAGAAGAUGCAAAAUAUCAAGAGGCUAAGGGGACACCGGAAUGCUGUAUAUUGUGCAAGUUUUGAUCGAUCUGGGAGAUAUGUUAUUACUGGUUCAGAUGACCGCCUUGUAAAAAUCUGGUCAAUGGAAACCGCAUAUUGUUUGGCCAGCUGCCGUGGACAUGAAGGUGACAUCACUGACUUGGCCGUGAGUUCCAACAAUGCUUUGGUGGCAUCCUCUUCAAAUGACUGUACCAUUCGAGUUUGGCGUUUGCCAGAUGGGUUUCCCAUCUCAGUUUUGAAGGGGCAUACUGGAGCUGUUACUGCUAUUGCAUUUAGCCCCAAGCCUAGCUCUGUGUACCACCUUCUAUCAUCAUCUGAUGAUGGAACAUGUAGGAUAUGGGAUGCUAGGUAUUCCCAGUUGAGUCCAAGGAUAUAUGUUCCGAGGCCUUCAGAUUCUGUCGCUGGAAAAAACAAUGGUCCAUCCUCAAGUACUGUUCCACUGGGCCACCAAAUUUUCUGUUGUGCAUUUAAUGCUAAUGGAACUGUCUUUGUCACUGGUAGCUCUGACACUCUUGCAAGGGUGUGGAAUGCUUGUAAACCAAAUGCAGAUGAUUCAGGCCAACCAAAUCAUGAGAUAGAUGUGUUAUCUGGCCAUGAGAAUGAUGUCAAUUAUGUGCAGUUUAGUGGAUGUGCUGUAGCACCUAAAUUUACUUCAUCUGACACCUCGAAGGAAGAGAAUGUUCCAAAAUUUAGGAAUUUCUGGUUCACUCACGACAACAUAGUUACCUGUUCUCGUGAUGGCAGUGCAAUUAUUUGGAUUCCCAGAUCGCGUAGAUCACAUGGGAAAGCUGGCCGUUGGACAAGAGCUUAUCAUCUCAAAGUUCCACCUCCGCCGAUGCCGCCUCAACCUCCACGAGGGGGUCCUCGUCAGAGAAUGCUUCCAACUCCUCGUGGUGUUAAUAUGAUUGUUUGGAGCCUAGACAAUCGCUUUGUCCUCGCUGCUAUCAUGGAUUGCAGAAUAUGUGUUUGGAAUGCGUCUGAUGGUAGCAUAGUACAUUCUUUGACGGGUCAUACUGAAUCUACAUAUGUUCUGGAUGUUCAUCCCUUCAAUCCACGGAUAGCUAUGAGUGCUGGUUAUGACGGAAAGACCAUAGUGUGGGAUAUAUGGGAAGGUACACCUAUACGGAUAUACGACAUUUCACGAUUCAAGCUGGUAGAUGGGAAGUUUUCACCGGAUGGGACAUCAAUUAUACUUUCAGAUGAUGUUGGUCAACUGUACAUAUUAAACACAGGCCAGGGCGAGUCCCAAAUGGAUGCCAAAUAUGAUCAGUUCUUCCUUGGUGAUUAUCGCCCCCUUAUUUAUGAUACCAAUGGCAAUGCACUUGACCAGGAAACUCAGCUUCCACCAUACCGACGGAAUAUGGAAGAUCUCCUUUGUGGCUCAGACAUGAUACCAUACCCAGAUCCCUAUCAGACUGCAUACCAGCAAAGACGGUUAGGAGCUCUGGGUAAAGAAUGGCAUUCUUCUUCUUUGAGACUUGCUGUCGGGCCUGAUUUCAAUGUAGAUCCGGAUUACCAAAUGCUGCCUUUGGCAGACUUGGAUAUGUUGACCGAACCAUUGCCAGAGUUUGUAGAUCCCAUGGAUUGGGAACCAGAAAAUGAAGUGCAAGUGCAAAGUGAUGAUACCGAUUCAGAGUACAAUGUUACUGAAGAUUUUUCUACUGGGGAACAAGGAAGUUUAAGUUCGAUUUCCUCUGGUGAUCCGGAGUGCAGUGCAGAAGACAGUGAGGCUGAGGAUGCUGAAGUGGAUGGCCUUCGUAGAUCAAAGAGGAAAAAACCGAAGGCAGAAGUUGAGAUCAUGACUUCUUCUGGUAGGCGUGUUAAAAGGAGGAAUCUGGAUGAGUGUGAUGGGAAUUCACUCAAAUGUAACCGAACUAGGAAAUCAAGAAAUGGCCGAAAAGCUUCAAAGAGAAAGUCUUCCAAAUCAAAGUCUUUGAGACCCCAAAGAGCUGCUGCACGCAAUGCACUUAAUUUGUUUUCAAAAAUCACAGGAACGUCUACAGAUGGUGAAGAUGAAGAUGGCUCUGACAAUUUGUCAGAAAGUGAAUCCUCGCUGCAAGAUUCAGUCAUUGAGAGUGAUGAAUCUGAUAGAUCUUUGCAAACUGAGCAAAUCAAGCAUUCAAAAGGGAAAGGGGUGUCCCUGGAUGAGUCUGAGGAUGUUGUUGAACCUUAUGAACUGCCUGAAUCUCUUAUCAACGGUGGAAACAGGAAGAGAUUGGUCCUGAAAUUGCCUAUUCGGGAUUCAAAUAAGCUUGUGCUUCCAGGGAGCGCAUUACACUACCAGUCUGAGUUGGUGGGCUCAUCAUCUAAGGCUCUUCAGGAAGCCAUUGAAGAAAAUGGGGAUCAUAGAAGCUCUCGGGAUCCAGGGUAUGGUUCUGCUGAUGCAAACUGCAGCUCUGUCGAAAGAACAGGGGGAGGGAGAUUAGACAAUGUUGAAAAUCAUUUAGACCUGUCUUCUGAAAGUUACAAUAAUGGGCAAAUUAGAUGGGGAUGGGGAGGGGUCAAGGCUCGUACAUCAAAGCGUCUGAGAGUUGGAGAAGCCACAUCAUCAGAUGCCUAUGCCAGAUCUCGUGUACUUCUUGUUGGUGAUGACGAAAAAGAGAAUCAAGUUGAUGGACACAUAAAAUCUCAGAAGGAUUGUGAGACGAUAUCCCCCUGUUUAGAAAUGCAAAAUUAUGAGGAUAAUAUGGACGGGUUGCCACCACUAGCAAAUAGUAAAGACAUUGUUGGCAGUACCUCUGAGGGUUUUAAUUGUGAGUCACCCAAAUCAGUUCACAUGGUUGCUCAGGAAACCACUUAUUUGCAGUACAAAAAUGGGACUGAUCAGCAUCCUGAACAAAAUGACAUAGUCACACCCAUCGCAACAAAGUUAAGGAUAAGGUCAACAAGGACUUUAAGGGAUCCAGAAAGUCCGCCCAAGCAGGAAAUGGGAUUUUCAGUACAAAACAAUGGUAGGCGUGAAAGCCCUUUGGGCAAGGAACAGGAUCCAGUUGCACCUGAGGAUGAUGGAAGCAGUAGAAUCAAUACAGAUCAUGGAGAUGAAGCACAAGAAUCGGACACUCAGAUUGAUAAUAAUUUGUUGUCCAUUGUACAUGAUUCGCAAGAGUUGCAUUCAAAUACAAACAAAAUGUAUACUGCUGUUUACAAGAGGUCGAAAUCACUUAGAACUAGGGCUAAUUUAGAAGUUGAUAGUGGUGGCAUGGGAGAAGGCACGUCAAAUGCAAGCAACCACAAUCUAAUUGUGGGACUGGACUCUCAAGAAGGCUUUAUUGAUGGGGCUCGUAGGACAAGGUCCAUGGGGCUGAAGGCAUCUACAUGUGAUUCAGAUACUGUUGGUGAUAGUCUCAAGUCGGAGCAAGAACACGAAUUGGGGUAUACAUUAAGAAAUACCCAUAAUAGUUCCACGGACAGAUGUCAACUCCCUUGUGAAAAAUGGGGAUCAAAUUCAAGGAUGAGGUCUACUAGAAACAGGAGGAGCACUAAUUAUAUGCGUGACAGAAGUCCAACAGUUAGAACGAAGUCACAUCACUCAGGUAGAAAAGGAUUGUGGUUACUGUUGUCAACACAUGAGGAGGGCUCCCGAUAUAUUCCCCAGCAGGGUGAUGAAGUUGUAUAUUUGAGACAGGGCCAUCAGGAGUAUAUUAAUUGCUUUUCUCCAAGAGAAGUGGGUCCUUGGACAUCAAUUAAGGGAAACAUAAGAGCUGUGGAAUUUUGUAAAGUUGAAGGCCUCGAGUAUUCCUCACUUGCUGGGUCUGGGGAUAGUUGCUGUAAAAUGACACUUCAAUUUGUAGAUCCAACUUCCAGUGUGUUUCGUAAAUCUUUCAAAUUGACUCUGCCUGAGGUGACUGGCUUUCCAGACUUCCUUGUUGAACGAACUCGGUUUGAUGCUGCUAUGCAGAAAAAUUGGACAUCUAGGGAUAAAUGCAGAGUCUGGUGGAAAAAUGAAGGUGAAGAAGAUGGUAGUUGGUGGGAUGGUCGGAUUGUGUCUGUAAAGGCCAAAUCGGAAGAAUUUUCUGACAGUCCAUGGGAGAGGUACACUAUUCAAUACAAGAGUGAUCCCAGUGAAACGCACAAUCAUAGUCCUUGGGAGCUCUUUAAUGCUGAUACUCAAUGGGAGCAGCCUCAUAUUGAUGAUGAGAUCAGAAAUAAGCUGCUGUCUGCGUUUGCCAAGUUAGAGAAGUCAGGCAACAAACCUCAGGAUCGUUAUGGGGUUCAAAAAUUGAAUAGUGUUUCGGAUAAGUCAUUUUUUACAAACAGGUUUCCUGUUCCGUUGUCUCUUGAAGUGAUCCUGUCAAGAUUAGAGAACAAUUACUAUCGAAGUUUGGAGGCACUGAAGCAUGAUAUCACAGUCAUGCUGUCAAAUGCCGAAUCUUUCUUUGGAAAAAAUGCGAAAAUGUCAGAGAAAAUAGAGCGCCUAUCAGACUGGUUCACACGGACAUUGUCUUUGUAGCUUCUAAUAGAGUUGUGUAGAGAAGUAGGUCGGUCCAUAUCGAGGUUGAAGCACGUCUGGGAAUUGUCCCCUUUCUUUUUGUAGAUAUUGAUUCUUGUGUAUCUAAAGGUUUUUUUCACUGUACCUUUGGUCCAAUUUUGGGAAUUGGUUAGUCUUUUUAGAGGAGAUAAAUGGCUCGGGGAAUUAGCCAGUUGCCGUGGAUUUUUUACAACCAGAAAAUUCAUUCAUGUAUAGACACACUCCAUACUUCAUUAAUAACAACGAAGGCAAAGAAGCAAAUGUAAUUCUUGUCACUC